AUGACUGACAAGGCGUCCUAUCGCUCACCCGGCGUCAUCAGUUCCGAUAACAGGAUUUUCCAGCGCCACUCCAAAGAGGAUGCCUUGCGACGACACUUUUCUACCUUUAUCGCCCUAUGCUCUUGGUAUGGUUUCUACAGCCCAGGAACCAACCUCGAAAGUGCUAAGGUUUCUUCUCCCGAUGGGCUCCCUUCGAACAUAUGCAAUAGAUGUUUGCAAAUGCUGACGAUAUCUUACGAAUUCAAACUCGUGUGCACCCGUACAGAUAGAAAAUUACGAGCCGGAAAGAAUAAUGCUGCUCGGGUAGAGAAUGUUUCGUCGGACGGCUAUGAUAAGUCAGAAUCAGUGUACGAAAUGAAAACUGAGGAAAUCGUGGAGGAGGUAAUCCUGGCCGACAACGAGUGUUUUGAUUCCUUUUUAGAAAAUAUAUCAAAAUUUGAUGAGUGCAUCGCCAAGAAGCCGGAAGGUACAAAGCAGGAUGAAAUCUGUGAAUUCGAGCUUUUGUCCGAUGAUGACGGCUACUUACUGCCGGUUUCUGAUAAAUCCGAUGAAAUUACACUGUUGGACGCCCGGGAGUCGGAUAACACGCAAAGUAUGGAAGAUCAGGAAAAAGUAGAAGAGCAUGAUUUCAAUGACACGGUGGAAUAUCUCGAGGAAGCAUGCAAGGAACUGGACCAAGUUAGUAAAAGGCCAGAAUCUAGCAACAAAACUGUAUCUAUCGUCGUCCGGAACGAUGAACCGAGCUCAACCAAAGCACAGUCCACGCGGCAUUGUUGCCCGGACUGUGGAAAAAGUUUCGCGUCCAGGACGAAUAUGUACCGGCACCAGCACGCACACAGAGGUUCAAAACCGUACAAAUGCGAUAUCUGCAAGAAAGGAUUCACACAGAGCGGGACGCUAAAAACGCACAAAUUAACACAUUUCAACAUAAAACCGUUCGUGUGCAACGUGUGUGGUCAGCGAUUUACGCAAAGCAAAUCGGUGAAACUACACCUUCGGCGACAUACGGGGGAAAAGCCAUACGUUUGUGAUAUUUGUAAUGCAGCAUUCCGGCAAAAGAAUGGACUGCAGCGGCACAUGAAAGUGCACGCUGAAAAGGCGUGAAAUUAGUCGUUACUUAACAGGGCCGAGAUAGCAAAUACUCCUUGCACAGUCUCUUCGUAAAUUUACUAAACAAAUAGAUUAGAUUCUUUCAAAAAUAUUUAAAUAAACAGAAUAGGUUUCGAAUUCAAAAA